UAUCCUGCUGGAGUGAUCCAAUUCCCCGUCUCACUGUCGCCGCCACAGCCCCGCCGACAAGAUGUCAGCCGCCGCCGCGGCCUGCUUCCCUCUGGCUCCCGCCCCGAAUCCGCCCCAUCGCCGCACAUCCGCGAGGACCCUCUAUCCCUCUUCCCACCACUUGAAACCGGCCCCAACUGCUCGGCCAGCUCGCCUCAUACCGCGCGCCCGCCGCGCGCCCGUUUCUGCCGCGUCCUCCCUCGGGAUAUCUCAUGAUAAAGGGUCUGAGAUGUCUGGCACCAACAUUGUUGGCCAGAAUGAUUUACUGAUUGUGGGUCCUGGUGUGCUUGGGCGAAUUGUGGCUGAGAAGUGGCAAAAGGAACAUCCAGGUUGCAAAGUUUUUGGCCAGACUGCAAGCACAGAUCAUCACAGUGAGUUAGCAAAUAUUGGCAUAAUCCCCUCCUUGAAGGGCUCCACUAUUUCUCAGAAGGUCCCAUAUGUUAUUUUCUGCGCUCCUCCAUCUCGUUCCAAUGAUUACCCUGGGGAUGCCAGCGUGGCAGCCUCAAAUUGGAGCGGAGAAGGUUCAUUCUUGUUUACAUCAAGUACUGCUCUGUAUGACUGCAGUGACAACAGAAUGUGCAAUGAGGAUUGUCCAUCUGUGCCAAUUGGCAGAAGUCCUCGCACUGAUGUCCUUCUAAAAGUAGAAAAUAUUGUUCUUGAAGCUGGAGGCUGUGUUCUCAGGCUAGCUGGACUUUAUAAGGUAGACAGAGGUGCUCAUACUUUUUGGCUGAGGAAAGGAAUUUGUGACACACAACCAAAUCAUAUUGUCAAUCAGAUUCAUUAUGAGGAUGCUGCUUCCCUUGCAAUUGCAAUAAUGAAAAAGAGACCUCGGAGUCAAAUAUUUUUGGGCUGUGAUAAUAAGCCUCUUUCCAGGCAAGAAAUAAUGGAUGCUGUUAACAGAAGUGGAAAAUUUGACACAAAGUUUGAAGGUUUUACUGGUACGGAUGGUCCAUUAGGGAAGAGGAUGGAGAACUCGAAUACUCGGGCUGAGAUUGGGUGGGAGCCCAAGUACCCAAGCUUCACAGAAUUCCUUGGUCUCAGCAGUUAACAUACUUGCCUACUGUUCAAUUCUUCCAACUCAACUGAAUAUCAACAGCGACGAGAUUGUAUCAAUGUUUGAAUUUUGACAUGUUGUGAACUGGUAAUUUUAUUUUAUUUUCUUACAAAGUUUUCAAAACUAUGUAAAUACUGUAAAAUAAGAGGGGUGCAUAUCUUGCCUGCUC